AUGGAAAUUGGAAGUGAGCGGGUUGUUCCGAUGCGUUUAGUUGCGAAUUGGGAAACUGAUCGGGCAUCUACGAGUGCUGUUCAAAGGUUGUUUAUUGUUCUCAUUGAAAGUAGUGAUCCUAGCAAGUAUGAUGACUUAAAGAGAGGAAGACAAAAGGGUUUUAACAUGCCGUUUUGUCGCUUGAAGGAGCUCUCUGGCGUUUUCUUUUCUCUUCCAGAGUGGCAGGGAAGAUAUAUGUUGGCAGACUCAGACAAUAAGGGUGUCAGGUGGGUAUUGAUUGAAGUAAUUGAUAUAUACCCACAUUUCUUGAAAAGAAAAGGAAAUAUCCUCCAGAUUCUUUUACAGCGAAGAAAGCGGUAUAAAAAUCGCCAAAUACCCGGAUACAAGACACUUGCUCUUGGUUCUGUGAACCUCUCGGAAGUGUUGCAGAACGGAAACCUCAAAGAAAUCCUGUUGUUUGAUCCUGAUUACGAGAAAGAAGAGCGUCCAUCUAGUUCACCAAUCGGUCGCAUUUUGGUUUCUUCUUGUCAAAGUUUGGCUUUGGAACUUGAAAACGAAGUAAAUGCUCAGAGAGUAAAAGGGAAGGAAGUGGAGAGUGAAGAGGAAGAGGGGACAUCCUCUGAAGUACAGGAUACUGAUAAUGACCAGGAUAUUGGGUCUGAUUCUGGUAGGAAACACAGGUUAAAAAUGAGGAAUAAUCAGGACCGGAAGUGGGCACAGAGGAAGAAUUUGAAACAGAAAUUUGUUUCUUUGCUGAAGAAAUUCAAGGUGUCAGAAGAAGACGUUGGUGGCUCUCCCACCAGAGUUGAAAAUGGGCCUUCAACAGCUAAGCAAUUAGAGGAACUUUUUGAAGAAUUAGAAGGUUUAUCAGAUUCAGGGCCAGAAAUGGUUGGUGACAAUCUAAGCAUGGUCAGUAAUCCUCGGCCAGGGCUGACACCUUAUUUCCCGACAGCAUCGAGGGAAGUUCUUCCGUGUAUAAAAGACCGAAGGUCUGAUGAAAGUGAUGAGGAUUGGAGCUCAGAAGUGGAGAACGUUAUGGAUAGCUUUGGCCCUUUGCCGCGGCUGGGAAAGAGUACAGAAGGAUCUCAAAUAUCUACCCCUCGCAACCAGAGAAUCAGUGCAGAGAUGGGGAAAAGCAGUCCACCAAUUGCUGUCGCAGAUCAAGCAGGAGCUGCUUUUGGUGUUGGAGACAUGUCUGUUUCGGAUAUGAAACACCAGUUUUCUAAGUUUAAGCAAAUGUCUGAAGAUACAUCUCCUCGAAGCGUUGUGUUCUCUGAACGACUAUCUGCUGCUCUUCGUGACGUUGAAAAAUGGCCGUUUAGCUUCCGACUGUGUUUAUGUUCUCCUUCAAAUUUGCAUAUUUUAUCUGCUUUAGAACCGACAUAUAAAAUAGUUGAUUGUACAACUUUCAACGACUGCCGUAUCCUGAUUACUGCAGUUGUUGCAAAAAUUCAGAAGUUUUGCAAUAAUUCAUCUGCUACACCGCCCUCUACCACACUUUUCGUUGUUGGUUACGAGAAAUUGAUACAUAAUGUCUUACGUGCCUACGUCGAAUCGUUGCAGACGAAAUCAGCUGAAUGGAUUAAUUUCUUGAGAUUUUGUGUGGUGCCUCCUCCUAAAAGUUCUCUCUCAAGUUUAAUUGGACUUUGUACGGAAAGUCAUUGGCCAUCGAAGGAUUCAACAGAGCGUCAUGGAAAUGAGCCCUUUCUGGAUGACUUGAGAUGUAAGAUGGAUGCCCUUGCUAGCGGUAAUGUCAUUAGAUUACCCAUUGGCGAAGCAAUGUUGCAGCUCUGCAAAAAACCGUCAGUUAAUGAUAGUGACUCGCAGAUUUUUGUACCUUUUUUGGCUGAAGUCAAAGUGGGUCAGUUUGAUGAAGAUUCAGAUUCCUUAGCAGUUAACCGAUUUCAGGAGGAAACUCAGAACUUGUUUGCUUCAUCGACAGUGCCAUCUCACGCGUCUCCUCCGCUUUCACCUCAUGGAUCACAGAGGUCUUCGGACCUACAGGAGUUGCAAAUUGAUUAUUGGGUGCCAACAUACGUAAAUGUAAAUAUUUUGAGUUUUUUAAAAAUUGGAGGGAGUGUGUUAAAUGUGAAAAACGAAGUGGGGAAUAACAGUUCGUUGAAUACUAGUGGAGGUUUCUCACCGAUGAAUUCCGCACCAAAACGGGAUACACAUUUGGUAAAGAAUUCGAUACGUUCAACAUUUCGUUCAUUUUCGAUUCUCCGGAGUAGUUCUUCUGAUGCGCUAUUUCUAAACUUUAUUAAAGAAAAGAAGAGAGAGAAGAUGUUUCAGAAACUAGGAAUGAAAAAAGGACAGAAGGCUGAUCUUGAGUCUCCAACUGUCAUCAGUUCUGUAAACAACGUAACCCGUCUUAUUUGCAGUGGGAAACACCUUUUGUCCGUUUGCAUCGAUGGCAGUUUGUGGACUGGUGUUCGUUUCUUCCAAGCAUCAGUGCAGUGGCAAACUCAUGUGAAGUACUUCCCUGUUUGUCUACCUUCAGAGGACCAGAUACGUCGAUAUUGA